AUGCUCUUAUUGGCGAUAAAAGAAGCAAGAGUCAAUUUCGUUACGGAAAGAGAAAGGGUGACAAAGGGAAAAGGAGAUGGCAGUGGUGGGUUGAAACGUAAUAUAGGUGGUGGUUCAUUUAAAAAACUAGAUUCAUUUUUCACAAAGAAACCAAGGCUUCAGAUUGCUCACUCGAGAAAUUUACCUACAACAACUACAGAUAAUAAUAGUUGUAAUGCCGAAGCUUCUGCUUCUACUGCUAUAUUGCCUACAUUAACCUUAGAUGAAGAAAAAAUCGCUCUCCUGUUAUCAACGAUAUUCAGCCUAUAUUAUAUGCAUCGAAUUCUGAUUUUGAUCAGUUUUGUUCGA